UAGGCGCCCCAUCCGAACAACAAACGUACGAAUACGCAAAAACGAUUUUAUCACUCAUGGUUCAAGAGAAACACCCAGAUGGGAAAGUUUUAAUCAUCGGGGGCGGAAUUGCCAACUUCACCAACGUCGCGGACACUUUCAGGGGUAUCAUCACCGCGUUACGCGAAUACCAACACCGAUUAAUCGAGCACAAGAUAUCGAUUUUCGUUCGGAGAGCCGGCCCGAAUUAUCAAGAGGGUUUGAGACGAAUGCGAGAAGUUGGACAAACGUUAGGUAUUCCUUUAUACGUUUUCGGCCCUGAAACCCACAUGACGGCUAUUUGCGGAAUGGCUCUCGGUAAAAAACCGAUUCCAAUUGAAAGUUCGGUCAGUCACGAGACCACAACAGCCAAUUUUUUGCUUCCGAGCCAAUCUGGAUCGGCGAACAACCUGGCUUUUGAGAACGAAAAAUCUGAAACGGAUAAAGUUUUUCGAACUAACCAAGCUGACCAAGGAACAAAUUGCGAAGUUAGGAUGAUCGAGGAAGUCUCAGAGGGCGACGCAUCGAGGAAACUUCCCAUGUUCUCAGCGACCACGAAAGCAAUCGUUUGGGGGAUGCAAACUCGAGCUGUUCAAAGCAUGUUGGACUUUGAUUUUGUUUGCAGAAGAAUUGAACCGAGCGUUGUUGCUAUUAUUUAUCCAUUUACUGGGGAUCAUAAGCAGAAAUAUUAUUGGGGGCAUAAAGAAAUUUUAAUUCCAGGUUAA